UCUCUCUCUCUCUCUCUCUCUCUCUCAAAGUUAUUACCAUUACCCUAAAUUCCUUUCAAACCAAACAUAUUUCAAGAAACACAAAAAGAGAAAAGAUGCCUCUAAGAAACAAUGUAAUAGGUUGCAUAAAUUUCAUCGCCGUCCUCCUCUCAAUUCCGGUCAUCAGCGCCGGAAUCUGGCUCGCUAUGGGAACAGUGAAGUCAUGUGUCACGCUCCUUCAAUGGCCAAUAAUAGUCCUCGGAAUCUUGAUCCUCCUAGUGGGUCUUGCUGGUCUCAUUGGAGGGUUCUGGAGAAUCACUUGGCUUCUCGUUGUUUACUUAAUUGCAAUGCUUGUUCUCAUUGUACUUUUAAGUGUUCUUAUCGGAUUUAUUUACAUGGUUACCAUGAAAGGAUCUGGUCAUCCAGAACCAAGUAGAGCUUAUCUUGAGUAUAGUCUUCAAGACUUCUCUGGUUACUUACGUCAAAAAGUUCAGAAAUCUUACAAAUGGGAUAGGAUUAGUACUUGUUUGAGUGCUACUAACAUUUGUCCUGAACUAAACCAGACAUUCACUAUCGCUCAUGAUUUCUUCAAUGCUCCUCUUAGUCCCAUUCAAUCUGGUUGCUGCAAGCCCCCAACAAAAUGUGGUUUCCAGUUCAUGAGCCCUACUAACUGGAUAGCUGCAAUAAAUAUGUCCGCAGACAUGGAUUGUCUACAAUGGAGCAAUGUAGAAAACACUUUGUGCUAUGGGUGUGACUCUUGCAAAGCCGGUUUGCUCGCAAACCUCAAGGUAGAUUGGUUAAAAGCGGAUAUCGUUCUUCUUUCAGCGCUGAUCGGUUUAAUAAUCGUUUAUAUAAUCGGCUGCUGCGCUUUCCGAAAUGCUAAAACUGAGGAUAUUUUCAGAAAGUAUAAGCAGGGGUAUACUUAUACAUGAUCGAGAUGAGAAGUUUAGUGGCAAAACUGUGGUGAAGUUUCUUAAAUUAUUGGAUUUCUUGUAAUUU